AUGUCAUUGGCUUAUUUUUGUUUAUCUGGAUUGGAUUUAUUGGGUGCCAUUGAUAUAGAAAUUUCAAAAGAACAAAAGAAAGAUUGGAUUGAUUGGAUUUAUUCUCAACAAAUCUUGCCUAAUUUAGAAAAACCUGAAAUCAAUGAAAAAAUUUGUGGGUUUAGAGGUUCACCAUUCUCUGGUACUAAAUAUGAUCCAAAUGGAUCGCGCAAUUCGAAAUUACCAUUCGAUGCUGCAAACUUAGCAAUGACUUACACUGCUUUAUGCUCUCUGCUAACUUUGGGCGAUGAUCUUGCAUGUGUCGACAAGACAGCAAUUAUUAAUUCUUUAAAAUAUUUGCAAAAUGAUAAUGGAAGUUUCACACAAACAUAUCAAGGGAUGGAAUCAGAUAUGAGAUUUGUUUAUUGUGCUGUCGCAAUAUCUUCAAUAUUAAAUGAUUUCAGUGGGAUCAACAUUUUAAAAAUUGUCGACUAUAUAAAGAAUAGUCAGUCAUAUGAUUAUGGAAUUGGUCAAGGCCCAGGAUUAGAAUCUCACGGUGGUUCGACAUAUUGUGCAAUCGCAGCUCUUUCAAUACUAGAUAAAAUUGACGAGGGCCUGCUCUCUAAAGAUGAAACGAUAUUUUGGUUAUUAUCGCGUCAAGAAAAUAAUGGAUUCCAAGGUAGAGCCAAUAAGCCUGAAGACACUUGCUACUCUUUUUGGAUUGGUGCUUCUUUAAAGAUUUUGAAAGCUUUUGAUUUUGUUGAUUAUAAAAGAAAUCGUGAUUUCUUAAUGACUACUCAAACAAAAUACGGCGG